AUAGACCUUUGAGGUUUGACCCGCCACGUGGACUGAGCCUCUUCCUUCCAUCAUUCCUCACGCGUUAAUCAGUGCGUGAAUACCACGUUUAUAGAAGUCUCUUUCGUUUUUUAAUUAUUAUAACGAAACGUAUAAUAGAAAAUUAUAAAUAGACAAAAUAAAAUGGGUCCUACUAUGGAGUUGGUUGAGAGACGUUGUUAAACCACGCGCGACCAGCUAGCGUCAAGCUCGAGGCUGUAAUGUCCCUUUCUCCUAAGUUCCCUUCCUUUAUGCUCUCUUCUAUUUAUUGAAAAGCUGUCGUUCGUAAAUUCUUUUUUUUUGUUUUUUUUAAUUACAACUCAACCUAUUUAGUUCAAUAUUGUAAGAAAAUACAAAAUCUAGAUUCUCUCCUUAGCACGCUCUCUCUUGUUAAUGUCUGCUGCAUAUUCAGAGACUCUUUUACUCUAUCUCCCUCUCUCUCACUAGUCACUGUCUUUUCGCUUGCCUUGUGCUUUUAAUCUCUCUUUCUUUGUCAAGUUAACUUCUCUAUUUUCUACUUUCUCUUUUCUCCAUUGUUGUUGUUAUCUCUUUAAUUUGUUUCUACCUGGUAAUGACUGAAGCUAAAACCGGCACCGGCAAUGAGAAGCUCGUGGUGGAGAUAGUAGGGGCCCACAAUCUCAUGCCAAAAGAUGGCGAAGGAUCUUCGUCUCCUUUUGUGGAAGUGGAGUUCGAGAACCAACGUCUCCGAUCUAAGGUCAAACCCAAAGACUUAAACCCAAUCUGGAACGAGAAGCUCGUCUUCCACGUUAUCGACGUCAACGACCUCAGACACAAAACCCUAGAAAUCAGCGUUUACAGCGAGAAGCGUUCCUCUAACAGCAGAAACUUCCUGGGAAAGGUUAGGGUUUUGGGUUCCAGCGUUGGAAGAGAAGGAGAGUCAGUCGUUCAACUCUACACUCUUGAAAAGAGAAGCCUUUUCUCGUCUGUGCGUGGAGAAAUCAGCGUCAAACACUACAUGACCACAACGGGGGAGAACGGUGAGAAUGUCCGUCGUGUUAACGGAUCGGGUGGUUCAAAGAAAAGCAAGAAAGUACAGAACUUGAGCUCUUCCAUGGCGAUUCAACAGCAACAACAACAACAGCAACAAAUUGCUCUUCACAAUCACAACAAAGGAAAUCAACAACAGAGUCAGCAGAACGGUCAAGGACAGAGGAUGCUACCGUUUUAUCCAAACCAAGGUGAGAUUAAGCCUCUCGUGAUAACCGCUCUUCCCGGUCCAAUGCCCGGACCCAGACCCGUCGUUUACUCAAAUGGGUCGAGUGAGUUUUCGCUUAAAGAGACAAAGCCAUGUCUUGGAGGAACUGGUACUGGUGUUGGCGGUUUGACUAAUCACAAGGACAAAACAAGCUCGACUUACGAUCUAGUUGAGCAAAUGCAGUACCUUUAUGUUAGAAUCGUGAAAGCUAAGGACUUGUCGGUAUCCGGCGAAGUCGUGUCGGAAGUGAAAUUGGGUAAUUACAGGGGAGUUACUAAAAAAGUGAGUUUGAAUUCCAGUAAUCCAGAGUGGAAUCAAGUCUUUGCCUUUUCCAAAGAAAGCAUUCAAUCAUCCGUUGUUGAGCUUUUCGUCAAAGAAGGUAACAAAGAUGAGUAUACGGGUCGGGUCUGGUUUGAUUUAAGCGAAAUACCAACCCGUGUUCCUCCGGAUAGUCCGUUAGCUCCGCAAUGGUACAAGAUAGAGAAUAGAAACGGUGGUAGAAGCAAUGGAGAGAUUAUGGUGUCAGUGUGGUUCGGGACUCAAGCUGAUGAGGCUUUUGCUGAGGCGUGGCAUUCAAAGGCUGGAAAUGUUCACAUUGAGGGACUCUCAUCGAUCAAAUCAAAGGUUUACUUGUCUCCUAAGCUAUGGUAUCUUAGGGUGUCAGUAAUUGAGGCUCAAGACGUUGCGAUUAUGGACAAGGGAUCAGGUCUCAUGAGGUUUCCAGAGCUUUCGGCGAAGCUUCAAGUCGGGAGUCAGAUACUGAGGACUCCAGUCGCAUCUACAAGCCCCACGCAGAGCUUUUCAAAUCCUUAUUGGAACGAGGACUUGAUGUUUGUAGUUGCCGAGCCGUUUGAGGAUUGCAUUACAAUUGUUGUGGAGGAUCGUCUUGGUGGUGGUGCAUUAGGAGGACAAAACGAUGUGGCUGUUGGGAGGGUUCAAAUUCCGGUUUCCGCUGUUGAGAGACGAACCGGAGAUACACCGGUUGGUUCAAGAUGGUUUAGCUUAGAUAACGGCAACAAUAACAACCGGUUUGGUUCGAGGAUUCAUCUUAGAUUGUCACUAGACGGUGGCUACCAUGUUUUGGAUGAGGCAACGAUGUAUAGCAGCGAUGUUAGGCCGACCGCGAAAGAGCUU